CAUAUGUCACUUCUGGCAUCUUUAGAGCAUUUGGCACGUGUUUACAUUCGGCGGCGUAGUUUUUCCAACAUUAAUACCUAGUUUUUUGAGUUUAAUUCCCUUAAAAUGGGUCGCAAUAACCGAUCCCGCAAGCGUCGCGAUGAAAUGAAUAAAAUCAAAAAGGUACGCUACGAGGCGAAGGAACUGAUACGUCUUAAGAAAACUCUGGGACUCAUCGAUGCUGAUGGGAAUGAAAUUAUGAAAGAUAUCAGCGAUGUUGCCGAAGUAAAGACAGCCGAGGAAAUCAAGAGAGAAGCUAAAUCAAAAGAGGAACAGGAAUUAAUCUAUGAGCACCAGGAGAGUUUGGAAACAGGCGAAAAGAUUGCAGUGACCAAUGAGAAGACUGGCGUGGAGCAUGUCUUCAAUAGCAAGACCCUAAAGGAUCAAUUUGGCAACUAUCCAGCUUGGUUCAAAAAGAAGAAGACAGCCAAACGUCUACGCAAGAAGCAGCAUGCCCAGAAAAAGAACUUCAAACAGGCCUGGACCACGGUCAAUGUGCCUCUAUAGAAUGUUUCAGAUUUGAUUUAUCAUCUGUUUAGUAAGUAAAUUAGCAUAGUUUAAGAAUGAACUCUACAAGAAGGACUUGUACAUGUUGAUAAUUGAUAAGAACUCUGAUUUAUAUAUACAUACUAAAUGUAUAAUUCAUAUUAAAGCCUUGAAACGAA